AUGAUUAUUAAUAACGUUGUCACAACCGGUCCCCCGCUAAGCGUGCCAAGUCACUUGUCUUUUGCUCAAUAUGCGAUAGAUAAAUUGAAAGAAAAUAGUGAAAAUGGGGAUGCUGUGGCCGUGAUCAAUGGCGACACCAACCAGCAGAUAACGUUCAAGCAAAUAUUACAAGAGACAGUAAAUGUAGCGACAGGAUUGACACGACUGGGAGUGAAGCGAGGUGACGUGGUUGCGCUCUGCAGUGAGAACAGAGAUGAGUUCAUGCCCACGGCCCUCGCCGUGGUAUGCUGCGGCGCCACCAUCACCACAUACAACCUGCUUUACAGUAAAGAUGAAAUGACACACGUGCUAAACAUCUCGCAGCCAAAACUUUUAUUCGCAUCUGAAUUAGCGCUGCAGCGACACCUGGCGACCUUUAAGUCACAGUCAAGUAUCCAAAAAAUAAUACAAUUAAAUGGUAAACUGUCGGCGAGUGGCAUUUUGGAGUAUAAAAGUGUGGGAGUACCGACGAACCCAAAUGAAUACGAGCCUGUGGAGGUCGAGGGAUGGAAGGACAUCGCUUACAUAUUGUACUCCUCAGGAACUACAGGAUUGCCUAAAGGAGUGAUGCUCUCACAUCUAAACGUGCUGUACUCCGCGGCCAGCUUCGAAAUUGAAAACCCAUUGGAGAAUGUCGUACUACUGACAAUAGUACCGUGGUACCAUGCUUACGGCUUAAUGUCUACCAUAAACUACAUCCUAAUUAAGAGGAAACUGGUUUACUUGAACGGAUUCAACCCUGUCAAGUAUUUAACAUCUAUUCAAGAGUAUAAAGUAACCAAUCUGGCAGCCGUUCCACCAAUAGUAGUGUUCCUAGCGAAGGCACCCAUAGUCGAGAAGUUCGACCUAUCUUCCAUCAACACUAUCUGGUGCGGGGCCGCGCCACUCUCCGCUGAAACUAUUGCCGGAGCUUUGAAACGUAUGAAAAAUUGCAAGGGAAUAUUCCAAGCGUACGGAAUGACGGAAACUUCACUGACAGCAACUAAGGACAUUGAUGAUGACAAGACAAUAAGAAAACCUGGCAGCGCCGGCUACCCACUGAAUGGCGUGAAGGCUAAAGUUGUAGAUAUAGACACUCGUAAAAGGUUGGGUCCUAAUGAAAAUGGAGAGAUCUGUCUAAAAGGACCCUUGAUUAUGAAGGGUUACUAUGGCAACGCGGAGGCCACACGAGAUGUGUUUGAUGAAGAGGGCUACUUGAAGACCGGAGACGUCGGUUAUUAUGAUAAAGAUGGAUGCUUCUUUAUCGUAGACAGACUUAAAGAACUAAUUAAAUAUAAAGGCCAUCAGGUUGCACCCGCGGCGGUGGAGAGUGUGGUGUUGGAAAACCCGGGUGUGGCGGAGUGCGGUGUUGUAGGAGCUCCGGACGAGGCAGUCGGCGAGCUCGCAACAGCUUUUGUCGUUAAGAAGCCUGGCGCCACAGUCACUGAGAAGGAACUGCUCGAAUUCACCAAGUCUCGUCUAUCGUCCGUGUCUCGGCUUCAUGGUGGAAUAAUAUUCAUUGAAGAUAUACCAAAGAACCCAUCAGGAAAGAUCCUGCGCAGAACAUUGAAACAAAAACUUCUCGACCGACAGAAAAGUAAAUUGUAA